UUGGCAUUGUUUUUGAUGCGAUAAGCAUGGCAAGCAUGAUGCCUCUGCAGCUGCGACCCUUGGGGAUACGUGCUCGGGAUACUCGAGCGCAACAAGUCGGUGCCCCGAUGCCUGCGUCUGUUGUAGCCUCGGGUGGAAGCACAAGUAGUCGAAGUAGUCUAAGCAGUCGAUGCAGUCGGUCCUGGUCUAAUCACAUCAUGAUGGGCUCCUUUGCAGCGGUGUCUUUGGCCACUUGGAGGGCACGGAGAAGUUCAUGCAUACGGAGCCAAAUUGUACGUGAGGGAACGCUGGCCAAACCAGGUGAUGCAGAAACCCCAGGCAACGCCACUGAAGCCAUUGAAGAGUGGCUGUUGAGCUUGGACUUGCCAACGCCACUGAAGCCAAUUUUAGGCAGCGGAGCUUGGGCCAGUUUUGCUGCCUCUCUGGUGCAGAUGUUCGUUGUUGCAGGGCUUUCGGCCCUUGGCACAUUGAUCGAGCAAGGUGAAGCCCCUGCCUUCUACGCCCAAAAAUAUCCCGAGUCAUCAGGCAUCAUUCUAAUGCUUGGUUUUGAUCAUAUGUACAGCUGCCCACUUUUUCUUGGGUUGUUGGCCUGGCUGGCUGCGUCACUCAUCGCUUGCACUGGAACCACUCAGCUGCCGCUGGCAAAAAGAGCGCAGCGAUUCACCUUUCACUCAUCCGCUGCAAUGAAGAGAAGAGGUACUUUUCUGAUGCGCAUGAAUUGUCCAGCGCUUGGAGAUGGCGUGCAGGUACCAGGAUCAGCUGAGCGAUUGCAACAACUUCGGACAGAGUUGAAAAACAAGGGAUUCAUCGUACGUGCCGAUGAUGAUAUCAACCCUACUCAAUUGGCAGCAUCUCGUGGUCUUCUUGGAAAGUUUGCUCCGAUGGCAGUGCACCUUGCCCUGCUACUGACUUUGCUUGGAAACACGGUGGGACUUGUGUUUGGAUCAUCCAGCGAAGUGCUGGUUGGUGACGGUGGCUAUGCAGACAUUGGAAAGGUACUGGAUGCCGGUCGGAGAAUCAAGGGUCCCCUGGCAGUUCUCAGUCCAAACAAAGGACUCCUGGAUUCUGUUUUUGUCAGAGUGGAUGACUUCCGGAUCGAGUACAAGGACGACGGGAACAUUGAUCAAUUCUACUCCAAGCUUGCCAUAGAAGAUGAGAACACGCAAAAAGAAAUGUACAGUGAUGAAAUAUAUGUGAACAAACCAUUGCGCUACGGUGGGGCAACGAUCUACCAAGCUGACUGGGCCAUCGACAGGUUGCAGCUGUUUGUGAAUGGAUUGCCUGUUGUUGUUCCUUGCAAAGCCAUACCGGCAGAUGGAGGAGAACGGUCGUGGGCUGCCUUCCUGCCGCUUGAGUUGGUGACAGCCAAGGAUCCGUCGACAGUAAAGGAGAUUGCAAAGCCCAAAGAAGGCAUUGUUUUCAUCGUGAACAACAUGCGGAAUGUACAGGUCUAUGGUUCUGACCAGACCCUUGCUGGAGUGCUUCGAUCUCCUCUGGCCAAGGUUGAGGAAUCCCUAGAAGGGAUGCCAAUCCAGUUUGGCCAGGAAAUCACUGUCGAGGGCAACAACAAGCUGCGUUUGGACAGGAUUGUUGGUGCAACUGGUCUUAUCGUCAAGAACGACCCGGGCGUACCCUUUGUCUAUGCAGGUUAUGCUCUCCUGAUGCCUGCAACCUUGCUGAGUGUACUCCCUUUCGUGCAGGUAUGGGCAGCUAUCAACAAAGAUGACGAAAAUCAGAUCCUUGUCACGGGGCGUGCGAACCGCAACCAACUGUCAUUUGAGGACGAAAUGAAGGCCACAGUUUUCUCAGUCGCCAAGUGAGCGUUGCGCGCAAGCUUUGGUAUAUAGCUGUACAGAUCACAAUUGCUUGAGCAGCUUGAGGAGCUUCGGCAUGUGGCCGCAAGUAAUUGGAAAGAAAGCUCAUGCUGGCUAGUACUGGUACCCUCACAGCAGCUGUUCUGAGAU